UCUCAAAAGCAAAAAAAAUGAAACCCAAAAACAUGAUGCAAAGACCUCAUGCAGUUUGUGUACCAUUUCCAGCACAAGGCCACAUUAACCCAAUGUUAAAACUUGCAAAAAUCCUUCAUUCUAAAGGCUUCCACAUCACCUUUGUCAACACUGAAUUCAAUCACCAGCGCCUUUUAAAGUCUCAAGGCUCGGAAAACCUCAACGGCGACCCGUGUUUCCAGUUUGAUACCAUUCCUGAUGGGCUUCCACCACCCGAAAAUCUGGAUGCCACACAAGAUAUCCCAUCUUUAUGCAAGUCCACCUCCGAAACGUGUUUAGACCCUUUUAGGAAGCUCUUGUUGAAGCUGAAUGUGAGCACAACGAUACCUUCGGUGAGUUGUAUAGUUUCGGAUGGUGGAAUGGGUUUUACGCUUGAUGCGGCGAAUGAAUUGGGUGUUCCUCAAGUUAUGUUUUGGACAUCAAGUGCUUGUGGUUUCUUGGCUUAUACAUACUAUGAAACACUUAGGGAAAUUGGACUCAUUCCACUUAAAGAUUCUAGUGACUUAACGAAUGGAUAUUUGGAUAAUAUUGUUGAAUGCAUACCUAGCAUGGAAGGUUUACGCUUGAAGGACCUGCCAACGUUCCUAAGAACGACAAAUCCAGACGAUAUAAUACUCAAUUACAUCAUACAAGAAACUAACAGAUCCAAAAAGGCUUCUGCAGUUUUGGUAAACACCUUUGAGGACCUAGAGCACGACGUGUUAAACCAGCUCUCAUUGGUUUAUCCACAAGUUUACUCAAUUGGACCGUUACACACAAUUGCAGAUACUAUGGUGAACAAGGAUAUGCAGUUUGUGGGUUCAAGUCUUUGGAAAGAAGAGACCGAAUGCUUGGAAUGGCUCACCUCAAAAGAACCUAAUUCGGUAGUUUAUGUGAAUUUUGGAAGCAUAACUGUGAUGACACCCCAAAAACUAGUCGAGUUUUCAUGGGGAUUUGCUAAUAGUAACCAGACCUUUUUAUGGGUUAUUCGACCCGACCUUGUAUCAGGAGACUCACCAAUACUACAACCUGAGUUCUUGGAGACGACGAGAGAAAGAGGAUUACUUUCAAGUUGGUGUCCUCAAGAAAAAGUUUUGAACCACCCUGCAAUAGGAGGGUUUCUGACACAUAGUGGAUGGAACUCGACUCUGGAGAGUAUUUCUAGUGGAGUCCCAAUGAUUUGUUGGCCUUUUUUUGCUGAACAACAAACAAAUUGUUGGUAUAGUUGUAACAAAUGGGGCAUUGGAAUGGAGAUUGACAAUAAUGUGGACAGAAAACAGGUUGAAAAGCUUGUGAGUAUGUUAAUGAUGGAAGAAAAAGGUGAAGAGAUGAGAAGAAUGGCCAGAAUUUGGAAGAAAAGGAGUGAAUCCUCGUCCUCUUCGUUGAACAUAGAUAACUUGAUCAACCAAUUAAGUGCUCCUUCAGUCAAUUGGCUCGUGUAACUGAAUCAAAUUUCCUUACUUCAUUAUUAUGAUUAUGGCUGCUUAAAUUUGUCUAGCAUAUUAAAACUCUAUGAUAAUUGAUAUAUGAUGAUUAAAUCAUCUAGUGCCCCCAUAGGGAUGUGAU